UAGGCUACCUUCUCAUGAAAUCGAGGCACAUGGCCUAACCUGUGGCCUAACUGUCUUGUUGUUUCUAUCCAAGGAUGGAGACUUUAACUCCAAUAAUUCGAUGGGCAGACGCAAAAACAAAGAUUUUCUUGAAAGCUGAGCUCAGUGAUGUAAAGGAACCAAUCAUAGAUAUAAGUGAUGAGAAUAUUUCUUUUAAAUGCUUUGGCUUUGGUGCAAGGGGAGAGAAUUAUUAUGAUGUUUCAUUGGAUCUUUUUGGCAAAAUAGAUUUGGAGAAGAGCACACACAACGUUACAGAUAGAUGCAUGACAUUUUCACUAGCAAAGGUUGGCAAAGACAGCUGGCCACGUCUCCUGAAAAACCAGCAGAAACCAGAAUGGCUGAAGGUUGAUUUCGAUAAAAUGGUAGUUGAUGAUUCAGAAACAGAGGAAGUGGAUCCUAAAUUAAAGAACAUCACUUUUGAGAAUAGGAUGAAAAGUGAUAUAGAACGAGCGGAGGAAGAAAUCAGUGUGUUUCUAAAAAUAGCUUAUCUUGCAAUUUACAAUAGUGGACAGGGAAUCGCCUUCUGGGUUAUCGUUGGGAAGCUCCUGCAUAGUUUAUAUGCGCAAGGUCAUGCUGGUUUCUACUCGGCCUACGACAAUGUCAGCGAUCUUUUUCUUACAUGCCAACUAUGUGCUUGCCUGGAAAUUCUUAACCCCAUGUUCCGCAUUGUAAACACCGGAGUCGUUGCUCCAUUGAUUCAGGUUGGAGGUAGAAACUUUAUUCUGUUUGUCCUUAUUUUGCCAAAUAAAGAACUUCACACAAGUGGAAUCGUUUAUGUUCUGUUUAUGGCUUGGGCAGCUAUUGAAAUGGUCAGGUAUCCCUUCUAUGUCACAUCAUUGUUUCGAAAGAAUUUCCGGUUUUUGACAUGGCUGCGAUACUCUCUUUGGGUUGUGUUGUAUCCAUUGGGACUUACCUGCGAAGGUCUAAUUGUGUAUAGAUCAAUUCCAUAUGCAGAAGAGACACGGCGUAUUUCCUUGGACCUGCCAAACCAACUGAACUUCUCAUUUAAGUUCUCAUAUUUUCUAAGAUGCUACAUGUUUCUUUUGGUUUUUGGGGGAGCAUACAUGAUGAAGCAUCUGCUUAUUCUGAGAGAAAGAAAACUUGGGACACGUAAACAGAGAUCUGCAUUGAAGAAAGACUAAGAAGAACUCCCAAAAGACUUAAGGUUACAUUAUGAAUACUUUUUUAUUGGCUUUGAUUUUAUGAUUAUAGUCAAAAUCUUAAGUUUGACUUAUCCCUUAUGUUGCCAUUUAGCAAAAAAUCUUGCAUAAUUUAAUGUGGAGAAAUGCUUUAAAGGAAGAUGAUAAAAUUCAGCCAACAAGAAGGGGUUUUAAUUCAACCUUUUAAAUCAUGUUUUUAAAGUUUGAAUCUCAAAAUGCAAGUACUGAAGAGUCAUCUAUACAUUUCAUUAGUAGUUUGUCAAAGUUUUACAUUUCUUAACAAGCUUUUGGCUAAUGAAAGCUUCAGAUAACGAGAAAGAAAACCAUUUCUUGGUAUGUGUAUGCGUCAUUGUUGUAUUAUCAAAUUAUGCAGUUAUUGGAUAAUUUUUAAGGAAUAUAUGUAAAACCAGUAAAAUUUACAUAAUUCACAUAACACUUGCAAAAUCUGAAAAUGGAACAGCUCCUGCAUGUGAUAUAUAUUGUUUGAAGCUAUCAAUUUUGAAAGAUGCUACCCUUUUCUUAAUUCUAUCAAAAAAUGCAAAAUUAGAGUUUUCUUUUUUCUGAACCAGAUAGUAGUGAACUGGAUUAUCAGUCAAUUUGACUUCUUUCAUCUUCCUGUUUGACAAUUCUAGAGAAUUUGCAAAACUUGGAAGUAGUGAUCCUGGAAUUUUGUUGCAGCUUGAAAUAAAAAAAGAAAUAAAAACAUAUGAAAUUUUGUGAUUGACUGAAAACAUUGUUUUAAAAUCAAGUCUUCAGGUUUUGCUUAAUUGGUCUGAGUGAAAUGAGAAAAGCAAAGAGCCUUCAUCAACAUGAAAAUUAUUUAUUUGAGUAUUGUGUUGUUUGUAUAAGUUACAUGUUUCAUAAAAAAUUAAUCCUUGCAAAUCAAUUCUGGGUAGCUGUUUGUUACCUCAGAUCAAGGACCUUCAAAGCUGAAAGUGCUGAUGGAUCUGCAAGAACUUCGAUAAAAAGACCAAACUCUCCUUCACCUAAGGGAAAAUUGGAAAUUUACACUGACAAAGAAAUGUAUAGAUAGUGACUAAGGUGCAUUGAAAAAUCUGAUAAAUGAAUCACAAAUAUUUAGAUUAAUAUUUAAAUUGGUAUCAUGAAAUGUUUGAAAUGAAAAUCUUGAGAUAAAUUAUAAGCCCUUUGUCUUUGCAUAGGCUUUGUACUUCAUAGCGACAUAAAAGUUAUAUUUUACAACAUACCAAUUCUGUUUCCAGACAAACAAAGUGCCUCUAGAGUUGAAUUUCUAGAAAACGACCUCAUUGUUUCUUCAGUGAAGGCACCUGUUGACAAAUAUUAGUUACUUUAGAACAGAUGUGUUUGCAAGACUUUAUCCAACAAUAACACAAAAUAUUGUUCAAAAAAGAAAAAAUUAACAUUUCUCAAGAAAGAAGGUUUAUCUUUUAACAUCCCAUAGAUCAUGGAAUGAAAGUAAAUUAUCGAGGUUUCAUAGAAUUUGGCAAGCAUAUCACAGCAAGGCAACAACAGAAUUUAUGACACUUUAUUUGAUUAAUAAAUUUUUACCAUGUUUAUUUUUGGAAUAGUUUCUACAUAGAAAUAGCAUAACAUGAUGAAGCCUGUACAUAGAUUAUGAAUACAAUGGUGAUGAAGUAAUACAUUGCUGAUAUAAAAUUGCAGUCAGCACCUCAGUUCAAUUACUUGAGACAUUUCACAAAAAUAUUCAUCUGAAAUUUGUGACCUUGUAUAAUGGUUGAGCCUUUAAAAAAUCGUCUGGCUACAAGUUAUUUAAAAAAUACUAUAUAAAUACUGAUAGUGUUUGCGUUCUAGACAGUUUAGCAAGGUAUCUCCUUUGAUUGUUGAUCUCUUGGGAGUUUCCAUUUGAACCUGGUUCAAAUCAUUCCUCAAUACCUGAAGAUGACAGUGCAAUAUCUGGCCUUUGGGAACUUUUAAGCAAAAUAAUGUUCACAAGCCUACUUCAAACCAGGCUUUUUCUUCUUGCUGAAAUAUUUGAAUAAGACACUCAUUUGUAUUUAACUCACCAGGUCCAAUGCAACAUGCAAGUUUCAGAUUUUUCAGUUUCCCAUGAACAAAUAGGCUCCUUAAACUGUCAUCACUGCAGCUAUCAUAACUGUUACCAGACAUGUCAAGAUGCUCCAAUGAAAUACUUUCUGAAUGAUUAUAAAGUAUAAAAUUAUUAAUUAAUUAAACAAUCAAAUGAAUAGGAAUGAAAAUGGCUUGUGGAUAAGGCAGUGAACUAAAUGUCAUGUGUAUUCAGAUUUAUUACUUUGCUAAAAGGAAUUUCAACUAUACCCCCAGGAGCUCUGUUGGAAAGGCAGUUGCAUCUAGUUUACUAUUCCGAAACAAUAUUUUCAUUAAUAGCCAAAGUCUGCCAGAAACUAGUUCAUCAGUUAUACAUUACAGGGUGAAAGGGCUUGAGUGCAUUCUGCAUUCCCAGCAGUUGUUGAAUUUUGUUAUGAAUUUAUUAAAGGCAUUUAUUACAGGGAGUCAUUUAACAGAGCGAGAAAUUUUUAAAAAUGGAAGAAAAUCAAUGGGAAUGAAUUUUCAUGUUUAAUGAUGUAGAGAAUAAAGAACUGUGACACUCCUUACAAACAAAUUAUUUCUAGACAUGAUCCUGUAUUGUAGACAUGAUCUUACAUUGUUAUUAAUUUUCUCAUAUACCAGGUCAUAUUUUUGUAUGCAGCGUUUAUUAGAGGAGGAUGUUGGCUAGGAGAAGCAUUUAUUUGAGGUUAAGAAAAUACCCUUUGCCAUUUUGAAAAUGAAACUGCAACCAGAGGUAUCCAUGCCACAGUCUGCCAGCUUGAUGGACUUUAAGACCAAAGAGGAUUUUAAGGCUUGUGCAAGAGCCUCUGCAUCAGUGGACCCAAAUUUGUUUUCACUCAAAUCCAAGGUUAUCAAGUCACUCCAGUUGCAAGCACAAUUGAGCUCUGAGUCAAAGCACCACCUAAAUUCUGUACUGUUGUUAAGACCAUUUUCUGCAAAACUGAUAGAGUUAUGACAGGGUACUUGUGAUGAAUUCAAAUUGCAGUCAAUCAAUUUGAGUGUUCUGGGCUUUGGCACUGCUGUAGUGUUUCGUUUGCUACAUUGUUCUCUUUUAUGCCACAAUAAGAGCCUUUUAGAUUGGCACCCUGGCAUACAAUUUUCUAAUAUUAUGCUUUCAAUACAGUUGUUAUUAGCAGAGUUUAAAAGUAUUGCUUUUAUGAUUUGAUCAGAUUCUCUAAUCAAAAGUCUCCAUUCUGGAGACAAUGCAAAUGAUGUCAACCUAGGCAAUUUGUUCACUAUGUCACAAAUAAUAUCCAUUGCUUCAGUUGAUGCAUGACAAUUUCUUAAGCUUAAACUUGUGAUGCAUGGGGCAAUUUUACCAUCUGUAUUACAGUGUAUUAUUUCGUUUUUAGUGCCAUUUAUGAAGUCACAAGAAGGAUAAGUCUUUCUGAUGCUGCCAUUUAUGGAAUAUGUAGCUCCAUCCAAAGUUUCAUUGAAUUUUUUCUGCUUCUUUGGGGUUGCAAAGCUAUCUCCUUCAAUAUAUUCUUCUGGUUCUAUGUUCCUUUCCCUUUUCAAUUCAUUGCUUGUGAUAGUUCUAUUUUUGGUAUGGUCAUCAAGUAACAAUUCAUGAAAGUUUUCCAUAGACAGGGCACCAAACUUGCAAUUCAAAAACGUUAAACCCUUCAAAUCUGGGAAAAACUUUGUACAUAAUACAUUUCUAACACAUGAUAUAUGGCAUUGCUUGAAGCUCAUAAAAUCACGCAAUUCUAUAUGAUUAACUUUUGAGGUUGACUUCUGCAGUUCUUCAUGCAAAGUUAUCAUGUAUUCAAGAUUUUGUAAAAUUCUUGGAUAAAAUCGUAUAAUUUUGAGGUGAUCUUGAAGCAGUGUAUUCAAACUUUUCAGGGUAUCAGUGAAUGAUUCUUUGUGUAUCUUUGAAAACAAUCUUGACUUCUUUAUGUAACAAUCAAACCACUUCAC